UCAAUUUCCAACUUAGCAUCUUGGCAGGACAUUUUCCCAAGCAAAGCCCCCGUCCGACUGGCAAAGAAAAAAAAAAAAAAAAAAAAAAAAAACUUCUGCAUGGGCAUGAGAGCGACGGUUCAACUCAGAUAAGGGAGCAGCAGAAAAACAAAACAAGACCAAACCUCCGGCGGACAGUGGCUGACUGGCUGGCUGGCAGCUACCAAAAAAAAAAAAAAAGAAAUCCAACCAAUAUCCAAGCCUGUUUUUAUCUAAAAAAAAAUUACUUUUUGCCUUCACGAUUGCCAUUUAGAAGGGGGGACAGAGAGCGGGACUGCAGACAGCUCUAUGCGCUCCGACAUCAGCGCAUGAGAAAAUAAAGGGGGGAAAGUGCACAAGUUAGGUGGCUUAUACUCUCCAGGCUCCAGCAUGGCAUAUCCUCAGGGCUACUUGUACCAGCCGUCCGCUUCAUUAGCCCUGUAUUCGUGCCCCGCGUACAGCACCAGUGUUCUAUCGGGACCCAGAACCGAGGAACUUGGGAGAUCCUCUUCGGGAUCUGCGUUUGCGCCAUAUGCCGGAUCUACUGCGUUCACCAGCGCCUCGCCAGGCUACAACUCCCACUUGCCAUAUAGUGCAGACGCAGCGGCAGCUGCCACGUUCACCUCAUAUGUGAGUUCUCCCUAUGACCACACUACGGGAAUGGCGGGCUCAAUAGGAUACCAUCCUUAUGCAGCACCCUUGGGCACCUACCCUUACGGUGACCCGGCAUACCGUAAAAAUGCAACCCGGGACGCCACCGCCACCCUCAAGGCCUGGCUCAACGAGCACCGCAAAAAUCCCUACCCUACCAAGGGCGAGAAGAUAAUGCUGGCCAUCAUUACCAAAAUGACCCUCACCCAGGUGUCCACCUGGUUCGCCAACGCCAGGAGGAGGUUAAAGAAGGAGAACAAAAUGACCUGGACUCCUCGGAACCGGAGCGAGGACGAGGAGGAGGACGAAAAUAUUGAUUUGGAGAAAAAUGACGACGACGAGCCAAACAAGCCCACAGAUAAGGGAGACUCCACAGACACGGAAGCAGAUCACAAACUUCUAAACCCAGGGGACAUAGGCUGUGACAGAUUUAAAGAAGAAAACCACAGCAAAGACACGGAUCACCUUCUGAGUGACGCGGAGUUAAAAGACCAGGAGGAGCGGACUACAGAGCUGUUGCCGGAUUCUGCAAAACCAACCACGUCGUCUCCCUCAGCGAUACCCCGGGGGAACCAGCUUGCGCAACAAGACAAGCCGUCAGAUUUGAGCCAUGCAUCGGGUACGGUCACCAGCAACGUGACCUCUGUUAUCCACUCGCCCCCCUCCGCGCCUAAACCCAAACUCUGGUCCCUUGCGGAAAUCGCCACGUCCUCAGACAGGUGUAAGGGCAGCGGCGAGGUGUCACAGUCUUGCCCUGGUCUGGGUCAGAGCACUGUAAUGGGCACUAGCGCUUCUCCAUCACGGUCCUCCCCUCAGUGCCCGCUCCCCAACAGCACAGUCCUAUCCAGGCCUCUGUACUACACCUCCCCCUUCUACCCCGGCUACACGAACUAUGGUGGCAGUUUUGGACACCUUCACAGUAACCACGGCUCGGUAACCACGGGCUCCACGGCACAUUUCAAUGGAUUAAACCAGACUGUGUUAAAUAGAGCUGAGGCUUUGGUAAGGGAGAGCCAGAAAGUCAGAGGCCAAACGCAGGUAGAUCUUUGUAAAGAGUCCCCAUAUGAACUAAAGAAAGGUAUGUCGAACAUUUAAUACCUGAAUAUUUUUCAUUCACCACGGACAUUUAUUUAUUUUGGUUGCAUUAAAAAAAAAAAAAAAAAAAAAAAAAG